UUGAAACGGUAUAAACAUGAUUAAAGACCAAACUGCAUUUUUAUUGCACUUUUAUUUUUUGUUAUUCACUGAUUACGUUUGAACACUUUUGUGAUCACUCGUGAUUAUUAUUCAACUGAUUAUAUUGUUUAGAACGAGAACAACCCUAUCACUAUUCUGAAAUAAACCCCUUAUCUUCAUUGUGUUAUUAUCUGUCCAGCGAAUGAGCCAUUUUUCUGGAAUCAUUCGGUUUUGAGAUAAAACAAUUUAUAUUGCGAGCUACCCAUAAAGGGAAUGCUCGUAGCACCGGCACAAUUAUUUUGCCACACUCCAAUUCAGUGCGGAGAAUCGAGUGAUCGUGCAGAACUGUUGUGAAAAUGUUUGCGUUCCAACCCGUCAUAACCGAUUGGUCAGUUAGUGUGAAGCUGGAAGAUUUGUCCGAACAUCCAUUUACAGACGGAAAACAAUGGGAACCUAAGCCUUGUGUUCUACCCAAAAGAUACAUGGACUUUGCCGAGCAAAUACGGGACUUUCAGGUGCUCGAAGAUGAUGUAUGAAUUGUUACAUUUCCCAAAUGUGGAACUACAUGGACACAGGAGAUGGUAUGGUUGAUUGACCAUGAUUUGGACUACCAUACAGCCAAAACGAUCAAUCUCAGCGAUCGAUCUGUGUUUCUUGAACUGUUUAGUUUGUCCAAUGGAGGAUACAAUCACGGCAGCAAAAAAUCUCCCGAGACCUCGCCACAUCAAAUCACACCUUCCGGUAGCAUUACUCCCGAAACAGCUGUGGACAGUAAAACCAAAAAUCAUAUACGUAUCGAGAAACCCGAAAGAUGUAGCCGCAUCCUAUUUGCACCAUUAUCGAGGAUUCGCCAACUAUCGAGGAACAAAGGAGGAGUUCUUCGAGAGAUUGCUAGCUGAUAAGGUCAUGUAUUGCCCACAAAUCCAACACGUACUGGAAUUUUGGCGCAUAAAAAGCCACCCAAAUAUAUUGUUCCUGACGUACGAGCAGAUGAAACGAGACCUGCCGAAGAUACUUCCGAUGUAGUGUGAUUUUUUUGGAAAACAAUUUUCCAGCGAGCAAUUGGACCACCUUGCAAAACAUAUUUCGUUUGAGGAGAUGAAAAAAAACCCUGCAACAAACCAAGUCGAACAGGUGCAGACCAGAAUGAAAGAGGAAGGAAGAGAGGGUGAAUCCUUCGAAUUCAUGAGGAAGGGCCAAAUUGGAGACUACAAAAAUGAACUCUCAUCCAGCUUCAUCGUCCGUUUCGACGAAUUUAUUGAGAGGGAGCUACGUGGUAGUGAUUUCAAAUUUGAUUGCUGAAUGAAACCUAAUGUGUAGUGGUCGUACUAUUAGCGCAAAACUAAUAAUAUCUGAUGUACCGUUACAAAUGAAAAGUUCCAUAUAUUACAGACUGAAAAGGUGAAAUUAAGCUUGUAACAACCGUGAUUGUUUUAAACUGUGCGAUGAAAACCUUGGAAGUAUAAAAUAAAUAUGUUUAG